GUCUGGCUGUCCAUGAGCUAUGCUGCUGCUAUAAACAGCCUCAGAGUCCCAAAUUGAAUAACCACAGAACACAUUCAGGAGCACUGGACACUCGUGUUCUCUAGUAGUAGGAGAACCUUAAUAUCAGUAUGGGGCAUCAGGUGGUAAUAUUUGACUUUUCUCUCAUAAGAGGACUGUGGGAAACUCGAGUUAAGAAGAAUAAAGAACGGCAGAGGAAAGAGAAAGAAAGAUUAGAAAAAAGCUCAUUGGAGAAGAUAAAACAGGAAUGGAACUUCGUAUUAGAGUGCCAGAAGAAAGGCAUUCCUCAAUCAAAAUACCUCAAGAAUGGCUUUGUAGACACCAAUGAGAAGAUCUUUGACAGUUAUGGAAAGACUCCUCCUGUCCAGAAAAGGCGUGCUUUGUUAGAUGAAGCAAAUAAGGAAAAAAACAAGUUUAUUUUUCAGCUUUCUGGAGAGCAGUGGACGGAAUUUCCAGAUUCUCUGAAAGAACAGACCUAUCUGAAAGAAUGGCAUGUGAACAAUACAUCGAUACAAACCAUUCCAGGCUACAUUGCAUUAUUUCAAGAUCUGAGAGUACUGGAACUGUCAAAAAAUCAAAUCAACCAUCUUCCAGUGGAAAUUGGAUGCUUAAAAAACCUGAAAGUGCUCAAUGUGAGUUUUAAUAACCUGAGUUCAGUCCCUCCAGAACUGGGUGACUGUGAGAAUCUGGAAAAGCUGGAUUUAUCUGGAAAUAUGGAAAUAACAGAGCUCCCAUUUGAACUCAGUAACCUGAAACAAGUCACGGUUAUGGACAUGUCAGCAAACAAGUUCUAUUCUAUUCCAAUCUGUGUUCUCCGGAUGUCUAAUUUGCAGUGGUUGGAUGUUAGCAGCAACAACCUGAAAGAGCUCCCAGAAGAUAUAGACAGGUUAGAUCAACUUCAGACCCUUCUCCUACAGAAAAACAGGCUGACUUAUCUUCCACGAGCUCUGGUCAAUAUGACAAAGCUCAGUUUGCUUGUAGUCAGUGGUGAUGACCUGACUGAGAUACCCACAGAUGUGUGUGAGUCAACCACAGGUUUGAAAUUCAUAAGUCUCAAGGACAGCCCAGUUGAGACUAUUGUAUGUGAAGACACUGAAGAAAUUAUAGAAAGUCAACGUGAACGGGAACAGAUUGAGAAACAGUUUAUGAAAGCAUACAUUGAAGACCUAAAGGAGAGAGAUUCCGUUCCUUCCUACACUACGAAAGUAUUAUUCAGUCUUCAGCUCUGAAGAUCAAAAAUCUCCAAAUCACUAGCAAAUAUCUAAAUAACAUUAUUUAUGUCCACCUGAAUAGAAAACACUGGAAACAAUAGACAGCCAGAAGCACUUCAAAAUCACCAUGAGUUUUUCUUCUUUGUUCAUGUAGCUGCUUCCAGUAACAACAGAUAAAACAAGGAGCAGUAGAGCCUUCGUAAGAUGCGUUUUCACAUUUUAAAUCAACAUACUUUCAAGUCCACAGCAACAGCCACUACAUAUAGACCUGCUGGAAGUAAAUAUUCACUGUAAUAAAAUGGGGAAAGAUUACCGUAGAAUGUUUAUAAUUUAGAAUGUGACCUGUUGUACUCUUAAGACCAAAUAGCACAUUUAUUUCUUUGCAAUGUCUAAAGUGCAAACAUGCACAUAGUGGUUUGCAUUUACUUCUUUUCUUCAAGAAAAUUGUCCUCCUCAGGACCUCUAGUUUAGUCUCAACAGAUUUAGAUAUAGAAACCUUAGCAAUAGUCUAAACUAUUACCUGUUUGCAAAUUCAAGUACCACAGUGACUGAACAUCGUGUUAGGAAGUUUUAGAAUACAGCAGUAUACCAAAGAGGAUUUUAAGGACUGAGCAGCAUGAGAAAACAAUAUCAUCACAAUGAUGCUAAAGGUCUUCCACCAAUGGUUUCAGAAUAUAAGACUUUGUGGGCACUUAUUAAAAUUUUCCAACUUGUAUUAAUUUGCUGGAUAAAAAGUUAUGAUGCUUGCUAUUUAAUAAUCUGUCUAUAAAUAAUUAUGUAAGUGUAUAUACUGUAGAGUUUCAGAAAUCUAGUUUCAAAUGUAUUUUUUUGUUAAAUAAACCAGUAUUUUUUGAUUUAAAAAGAUUUAAAACUUUUGGAACUUAGACUUUACUACUAGACUUGAAUUACAGAAUGCAAACAUUCCUGAGCUUGGGAAUGCAUUUAGGGAAAUUGAUGUUUGCAUCUUGCUUUUUCAUUAUAGAUGAGCUAUGUACAGUUCUUGGGGUGGAGUGUCAGUUAAGCCAGUCAUAUUUAAAAAGCAAAGCAAUAGGGGAUAUUGUUCUAAAAAAUUUCAUAUAAAAACUACUGCUUCUGACACUGUCUUUCCUUUUUAAAUUUUUAGCAUUUAGCAUUCAUUCUUUUGACAUGAGACAAUUUUUUAAUAUUAUGUGUUAUUUAUUCCAGUUACACUACUCUCCAAAAUUAAAUCCUCUUGAGUUGCUCUCUAGGUUUUAAUGCUGAUUGUAAACAAGUCCUGGAACAAGAAGACAGUUGCAAAAAACUCCAAGAAAACUUAACAUAAAUCCAAACCAGAAUAGUGAAAUGACUACAUUGUGUUUGUUUGUUUUUUUUAUUUUUAAUUUUUUUAAUUUUUUAAUUAUUAUUAUGAAGAUAUUGAAAAUUUGUAAAACAGUGGAAAUCAAAGUGGUCUUACAGAAAACAGGCUAGCUGAAGAUACCCUAACUUUAUUUUAGUGAACUUAUAAAUUUGGUUGACUAGGUAUUGAUAUCAAUGUAAUAAACUUCUAUAAGAUAUUAGA